UACAGCACGUGUAUAUUUAUUGUUGACAAUCGCUUCAUUCAUUAACCGGGUUUGUUGUGCACUGUGUUUUAUUAAAAAUGUCCAAACGACAAAAAUUGGAAAAUGAUGAUCCAAUUGACGAUGGGCGCACCGUACAGGCUAGACUUGUAUCAGAUGCUGGAGAAGAAGCGGGACCUCCAAUCGAUUUGCCAAUAUCAGUAACAGUUGAACAAUUAGGCCUAAUAUGUAAUGCGUUGCUAAAAAAUGAAGAACCAACACCGUAUCUGUUUUUUGUGGGCGAUGAUGAGAUUAAGAAAACACUUCACAGUACAUUGGACUUAAAUUCUAUAGACACAGAAAAUGUUAUCAAAAUUAUUUAUCAACCUCAGGCUGUGUUUAAAGUACGCCCAGUCACUCGAUGUACAAGUUCCAUGCCAGGCCACGCAGAAGCUGUCAUAUCAAUAAGUUUUAGUCCUGAUGGUGAACAUUUAGCAAGUGGUUCAGGUGAUACCACCGUUCGCUUAUGGGAUCUGUCAACAGAAACGCCACAGCACACAUGCGCGGUGCACAAGCAAUGGGUGAUGUGUGUUGCUUGGUCGCCUGAUGGCAAAAAAUUAGCUAGUGCUUGUAAAGCGGGUAAUAUUAUACUAUGGGAUCCUACGGAUGGUAAACAAAUGGGACGUACCCUGACUGGUCAUAAAAAAUGGAUAAAUUGUUUAAGUUGGGAGCCAUACCAUCAGAACCCCGACUGUCGUCGUUUAGCCAGUGCAGGUACUGAUGGUGAUUGUCGUAUUUGGGAUACCGUACUUGGUCAGUGUGUAUUAAAUAUAGCUGGUCACUCAAGUGCAGUAACUGCCGUGCGAUGGGGAGGUUCCGGGCUUAUCUAUACAUCUUCCAAAGAUCGCACAGUAAAAAUGUGGCGUGCCGAUGAUGGCGUGCUCUGUCGAACAUUUUCUGGACAUGCCCACUGGGUUAACAACAUAGCUCUUAAUACUGAUUAUGUUUUACGAACGGGUCCUUUUCAUCCGGUUACUGAUCGUAGAAAGAAAUAUGUGGAUAUUGACAAAAAUGAACUGAAGGAAAUGGCUUUGCAAAGAUACAAGAAGGUUUGCCCUGAUGGAGUGGAGUCCUUGGUUUCAUGCUCGGAUGAUUUUACUCUUUACCUGUGGUGUUCCAAUCAAAAUAAAUGUAUAGAACGUAUGACAGGACAUCAAAAUGUUGUCAAUGAUGUUAAGUAUUCACCCGAUGUUAAGCUGAUUGCAUCUGCCUCUUUCGACAAAUCUAUUCGUUUAUGGCGGGCUCAAGAUGGAAAAUUUAUAACUACAUUCAGAGGACAUGUUCAAGCGGCAUAUACGCUAGCUUGGUCGGCAGAUUCACGCUUGUUAGUAAGUGGAAGUAAAGAUUCAACUCUGAAAGUAUGGAGCGUUCAGACGAAAAAGUUAGCCCAAGAAUUACCCGGUCAUGCAGAUGAGGUCUUUGCAGUGGACUGGGCUCCAGAUGGAACGCGGGUUGCGUCCGGUGGCAAGGACAAGGUGGUGAAAUUGUGGGCCUAUUAAAAAAUAGAUAUGCCUAUUCUCAAAUGAGGUAUAUAUUGUUAUUAGCCAUCUUAUUGGAAUAAAAAAUAUUCAUUUUAUAUUUUGAAAUCGCUAA